UAAAGAGGCAGGAAGGGCCCCAAAGGGCUUUAGGGCUUCUGGGAUUGAUAGAAAUCGUGCCAGUGGGGCCUGGAUGCAACGUGGGGUUGCUUAGGAGGUAUUUCCCAGAUUUCCUAGGGCUCUGGAUACUCUGGGGAUCCCAAGACAGAAAGAACUAAGAAGCCCUGGGGAAUCCCAGAGCUCACACAGACCAAGAAGGCAACCAGAGGGAAGUGAGAGGUUGGGCUCCGGCUGGCAGCCCGAGUCGCCCAGGCCUCAUUGUCCUCCAGCUUCUUCCCUUGAUCAUCCAAAGCCAUGUCUCUGCCCAGACAGCUUCGAGAGGAGAGUGACUUUGACCAGCUCCCAGAUGACGUGCCUAUAUCAGCCAACAUCGCUGACACUGAAGAGAAGAGGGGCUUCACCAGCUACUUUGUGUUUGUCAUUGAGGUGAAGACGAAAGGGGGAGCCAAGUACCUCAUUUACCGCCGAUACCGCCAAUUCUAUGCCCUACAGACCAAACUGGAGGAGAGGUUUGGGGCUGAGAGCAAGACGGCCCCCUUUGCCUGCACCCUCCCUACCCUGCCAGCUAAGGUUUACGUUGGUAUCAAGCAGGAAAUCGCUGAGAGCCGGAUCCCAGCCCUCAACUACUAUAUGAAGAAACUUCUCAGCCUGCCUCCUUGGGUACUGAUGGAUGAAGAUGUUCGGAUCUUUUUCUACCAGUCUUCCUAUGAUUCUGAGCAAAUCCCCCAGGCGUUAAGACGGCUCCGGCCUCGGACCCGGAAAGUCAAGAACAUCUCUUCUCAAGCUCCGGGUUUUGACCAUCUGGGUGCACCGUGUGCUGAGGCUUUGUUCGAUUUCACUGGAAACAACAAACUGGAGUUGACAUUCAAGGCCAAAGACAUGAUUUUCCUGCUGAGCCGAGUCAACAAGGACUGGCUGGAGGGCACUACCCAUGGGGCCACAGGGAUCUUCCCAGCCUCCUUUGUGAAGAUUAUCAAGGACUUCCCGGAAAAGGAGGACAGCCUCACAAAUUGGCUGCGAUGCUACUACUAUGAAGACACAGUGAGCACCAUCAGGGACAUUGCUAUAGAAGAAGACAUCAGGAGCACCCCAUUGUAUAAAGACCUGAUGGAUCUAAUCAGGCGAGAGUUCCAGCGCAGCGACAUUGCUCUGAAUUACCGGGACAGCCAGGGAGACCUGGUGCGCCUGCUGUCAGACCAGGACGUGGAGCUGAUGGUGAAGCAGGCCUGGGCCCACCCCACUCAGAAGCAGCUCUUCCCUUGGAAGCUCCAUAUCACACAGGAGAACGCUUUCCAUGUCUACAACACAGCCCCUUGAGAAGGCAUUUAUUGGGGCAGGACAGGGAUGGGACCCGAAAAAGGCCAAUGAUCCCCUCCACCGGCACCUUCCCCAUCCUGGACCUGAUGAAGCCCAGCCAGCCUCUUCUUCCAGGUGCUCAGCUCCCAUACCACUUCCCCCCUAACUUCCCCAGCCUGAAUGAAAUAAACAGAGGACAGUCUGCAGCAUCAGCCCCAAAGCAGCCCAGUGGGGGAGUUGAAAGACAGAUAGUUUCAAGUUCCAUCCGUACUCCUUUCUGCUUCCCUCAGACCAGAGAAUAUCAGAGCUGGGAAGCCUGGGUUCAAGUACUAUAUCUGAUGCUUACUCCCUGUGUGACAUUGGGCGAAUCACUUCCUCUCUCCAGGCCUCAGUUUCCUCAUCUGUAAAAUGAGAGAAUUGAACUAGAUUGGAGUCUGAGGGCUGUUUCAGCUCUAAAUCUACAAUCUACGGGUGCUAUUCUCUAAGAGACUUUAAACAAAUGGGAGGAAAAAGGAGAUUAGGCUAGGCGAGCUAUCGAAGUAGAUCUGGAGCUGUCAGUGAGUUCUUGGCUUGGUUAAAUAGCACCCCAGACUGGAGAUCUAGGAUGCACUUUAGAAAGCAGGUGUGGAAGCGCCUCGUUUAACAAUUGAGGAAACUUGGGGCAGCUAGGUGGCGCAGUGGAUAGAGCACCGGCCCUGAAGUCAGGAGGA